AAAUUUCUUGAUCCGAAAGAGUAAGAAACAGAGAGAGAAAAGAAAGAGAUAAGCUUUCUCUCAAAGAACCAAAGUUAUAGAUCCGAUUUAAGUUUACUAGUAGGAAUGAGGAAGACGAAGAAAGCAUAAAAAACGAAACUUUAACCAAAAAAGAAAAAGUAUUUAUUUUAUUUCUCCGGCACUUUUGGUUAUUUAUUCUUUUGAUAAUAAAAUAAUAAAUCGAGUCUCUUUAGCCCUCACUGGUUCUCACCUUCUUUCUCUCUCUCUCUCUCUCUCUCUCUCUCUCUCUGGUUUCGAUUUUCGUCUCCAUCGUCUCGUUGGUGUUCUGGUGGUUUUGAUUUGUCUCUGUUCUUCUAUUUGUGGCGUUAUUCAUCGGUUCAAUUGUCAUCUUCAUCGUUUCCUUCGUGUUAUUUGGUUUUUCUCGUUUUGAGUCUUUCGAACAUCUUUCAUUCUUCUCUUUUGGUGUUGCUCCUUACGACUAGGUAAAUUGAUGAAUAGCAACCAUGGAUGACCUACAUGGAAGCAAUUCUCGAAUGCAACACAUUGGAGAAGCUCAAGAUCCAAUGCAUGUGCAAUAUGAACAUCAUGCUUUGCACCACAUCCACAAUGGAAGCGGUAUGGUUGAUGACCAUGCUGAUGAUGGCAAUGCUGGUGGGAUGAGUGAGGGAGUGGAAACAGACAUUCCUUCUCACCCUGGAAAUAUAACUGACAAUCGUGGUGAAGUGGUUGACCAUGGUAGUGAACAAGGAGAUCAGUUGACAUUGUCGUUUCAGGGCCAAGUCUACGUUUUUGAUAGUGUCUUACCUGAAAAGGUUCAAGCUGUGCUCCUAUUAUUGGGUGGACGUGAAUUACCUCAGGCAGCCCCUCCCGGCCUAGGAUCACCUCAUCAGAACAAUAGAAUAUCGAGCUUACCUGGCACUCCUCAAAGGUUUAGUAUUCCACAGCGGUUAGCCUCUUUGGUCAGAUUUCGAGAGAAACGGAAAGGAAGGAAUUUUGAUAAGAAGAUUCGGUAUACAGUCCGCAAGGAGGUAGCUUUGAGGAUGCAACGCAAUAAAGGUCAGUUCACAUCUGCCAAGUCAAACAAUGACGAAGCUGCAUCUGCUGGAUCUAGCUGGGCGUCGAAUCAAACCUGGGCUAUAGAAGGUAGCGAGGCUCAGCAUCAAGAGAUCUCAUGUCGGCACUGUGGAAUCGGUGAGAAGUCAACUCCAAUGAUGAGGCGUGGACCUGCAGGGCCAAGAACACUUUGCAAUGCAUGUGGACUUAUGUGGGCAAACAAGGGUGCUCUUAGGGACUUAUCCAAAGCCUCUCCUCAAACAGCCCAAAAUCUUCCUUUAAAUAAGAAUGAGGAUGCAAAUCUCGAAACUGAUCAAAUGAUGAUAACAGUGGCCAAUAACAUAAGCGACUCACAGUGAGUGAGGACUCGUUAGCUCUUGCCAUUACAAGCAAGAGAAGAUCUCAGCAGAGUUUGGAUCGCCUCAGGUUCUGUAGCUUUAUCAUUCCUUUUGAAAGAAUCUGAGUCGAUUUAGUAUAUCAGGAUUUGAUCUAUGACGAUGUAACUUGGGUGAUAAUGCUAUGCGAUGUUUGCUUCUUCUUUUUUAUGAUUCAAAAAUGCUUCAUAGACUGUUGUUGCAUUGGUCCAUACUCUGAUGUAACGUAGCAGUCUGUGUUUUACCCUGUUAUAAAGACAACUAACUUUGUUUAAGAA